CGCCCUUCCUCCGACCAGUUUUGGCGGUAAAUGGCGCUGGUGGAGGCCUCGCGGCUUCCCUCGAGCCUCGCGGGCAGCGAUGGAUCAAGUGGAAAGAAGCCUGUCCUUCAGCUGUCCUACUCCAAACAGGACUUGCACAAAGGCCUCCAGAGCGUUCCUGUCUUUAAUCACCCACAGCUCAGAGGCGGUUAAUUGCUAGACUUCCACUGUGGAGACCAAAGAUGGAGUUAAAAGAUCAUGGAUUGCUACAGGAAGUAUGCAGCUGUCACUUUGACCAUUUUGUCUGUAUUUCUGCAUCUUCUUCAUACUUUCCCAGAUGGAGAAUUUCUCAUGCAGGGUUGUCCAGAGUGCAAGCUAGGGGAGAACAGAUUCUUUUCAAAACCAGGAGCCCCCAUUUACCAGUGCACUGGAUGCUGUUUCUCCCGGGCCUAUCCCACUCCAAUGAGAUCCAAGAAGACCAUGCUUGUUCCAAAAAACAUUACAUCAGAAGCAACGUGCUGCGUAGCAAAGGCUUUCACCAAGAUUACCCUUAAGGACAAUGUGAAGAUAGAAAACCACACAGACUGUCACUGCAGUACCUGCUACUAUCAUAAAUCUUAA